CAGCCAGCCAGACUGCCCCGCGCCGGGUUCAUCUCUCCAAGCAGACGUGCCCGCCACACAGAUCCUCAUGGCAUAAUUUGCUUCACCUUAUUCCUCCCUGUCCUACUCCACUGGCACUCUCCCCCGUCCCGACACCCCGUGCCGUUCGCAACACCUGUUCAUGAUGUAACAUGACGCAGCAGCGGCAGGCAGUGUCAUGCUGCCUGGUGCAAUUGUUCCCUGCGUGCGUCACCAUGACUCACACUGCCACACUGCCACCUCUUGGCGUGUGAUGGAGCUCCUCUAAAUCGUUCAGUUGACGGUACUGUUCGGGUACUCAAGUUUUCUCUCACUUUUUGAGUUAGAUAAAAUCAAUGCAGGUCGACUGGCACCGCGGCGCUCUCGACCAAUCAAAACUUCACAAGUUGGAGGCAGGCGCGAGACCCGCAGCUUACCACGUGUUGCCCUGUCUGGCCUUUUACCCGCCCUGCCCCAGCCUUCCCUGGCUUCUACACCGCCCCGCUGGCAAGCCAAGCCUACGGGCACACGCCGUGCAUGCUGACAACCUCAGGACACGCCAUAAUUGCAGAGGAAAAAUAAGUAAUACUUGAGCGGCGCAGCGGCAGUGCGGGGGAGCGGUGCGGGCCAUGCUGGGACUGGGAGGCGCGGCAGCCAGCCAGCCAGCAGCAGCAGCAACCAGCCAACCACACGCAGGCUGUAGUGGCGGAGCGGCGCCGGUGGUGUUAGGACGUGUUUGAUAGCAGGCUAGGUGGGCACCAUGGGGCUUCUGAGUGAGGGCACGCCGCUGACCUGGCCGCAGACCAAGCAACACGCAGACCACGUGAGGGAGCACGGCAUCCGCCAGUUCAUCAACCAGUACCACCAGCUGAAGGGCCGCCAGGGGGACUGCCUCAAGUGGGGAGACGAGAUCGAGUACAUGAUUGUUAAGCUGGACCACAAGAACCGCCGUGCUCGACUCUCGCUCCGAAGCUCCGAACUCCUGGAAGUGUUGCGUGAAGCAGAGGAAACCAACCCUAAGGAGGUACGGUCUCUAUGGCACCCUGAAUAUGCGGAGUACACCUUGGAGGGCACGCCGGGGCAGCCGUACGGGUCCCUGGUGCAGCACUUCAACAUCGUGGAGCACAACAUGAGCUUCAGGCGCAGCGAGGUACAGAGCCUCCUGCAGCCCGACGAGGUCAUCCUGUCCCUCACCAACUUCCCCAGGUUGGGCUGCCCUGACUUCACAUACCCCCCUGCCCUGGCAGAGCCCACCAGCGGGGCUUCACGUUCCCUCUUCUUCCCUGAGGCUGCCAUCACACAGAGCCACCCGCGCUUCAAAACACUCACACGCAACAUUCGGGAGAGACGGAAAGAAAAAAUUGCCAUAAAUGUCCCCAUUUUUGUGGACCUCAAGACCCCAAGGCCAUUUGUGGAGGACCUGUCACAGUAUGGUGACGAUGGCAGCUCAGCCGCUGCCGCCAAGGAGGACCACAUCUACCUGGAUGCCAUGGGGUUCGGCAUGGGCUGCUGCUGCCUCCAGAUGACUUUCCAGGCAUGCAACAUCAAUGAGGCGCGUGUACUCUAUGAUCACCUCACGCCCCUCUGCCCUGUCAUGCUGGCCCUGACAGCCGCCUCACCGCUGUACCGCGGCUACGUGGCCGACGUGGACUGCCGCUGGGACGUGAUUGCUGCCUCGGUGGAUUGCCGCACCCGGGAGGAGAAAGGUCUGGAGCCGCUGAGGAACGACAGAUUUGUGAUUCCCAAGUCCCGCUAUGGGUCUGUGGACUGCUACCUGUCCAAGUGUGGGUCAAGGUACAACGACAUUCCUCUGGUGUACGACAAGAAGAUUGAACAGAAGCUGCUGGACAGCAAGGUGGAUGAGCAGAUGGCCCUGCACAUCUCCCACCUCUUCAUCAGGGACUCCAUCUCUCUCUUCUCUGAAAGAAUUCACCAGGAUGACGUGAGGGAGAUGGACCACUUCGAGAACAUCCAGAGUACAAACUGGCAAAGCAUGAGGUUCAAGGUUCCACCAAUCAACAGCAACAUUGGGUGGCGUGUCGAGUUCAGACCCUGUGAGGUUCAACUGACAGACUUUGAGAAUGCAGCCUUUGGUGUGUUCAUUGUGCUGCUGACCCGAGCCAUCCUUACCUUCAAGCUCAACAUGUUAAUCCCAAUCUCAAAGGUUGAUGAAAACAUGCACAAUGGCCAGAAACGCAACGCAGUACUGGACCAGAAGUUGUGGUUCAGGCGGGAUGUGUUCUCCAGGGACUGUGACAAGGGCGACGACACCAGCCAAAUGACUGUCAGUGAGAUCAUCAAUGGCAAGGGUGAGGAGUUUGUGGGACUGAUUCCUCUGGUGCGUCAGUAUCUUGGUGCGCUGGACAUGGAUGCCGACACAGCCUGUACCAUUGGCCAGUACUUAAACUUUAUCAGUGCGCGGGCGGCAGGCACGGCAAUGACCACAGCCGCUUGGAUCAGGAACUUUGUCACGUCACACCCGGAGUAUAAGCAAGACUCUGUGGUGAGCGAGGGCAUCAACUACGACCUGAUGGUGGCGUGCAGCGAGAUCACUCAGGGCAAGCGGGAGUGUCAGGAGCUGCUGGGCGGCAUCCCCAAGACCAAGACGUCGGAGGACAUUCCCAAGGCCAUGAAAAAGAUCAUUCAGAUGACCUGCAUGGCGCCGCGCAAUGCUGAGUGAAGGGCGGCGCGGUGCGGCACAACACUGAUGGGGUGUGGGGGGUGGGCGGGCGGCCACCACGGGCUCCACUCACUGUUACCUGAGCAGCGGCACCAAUGCACCACCGGGCUGAGCAGCACCGCGCUGCACCUCAGAGGCAUUAUGGGGGAACCAUUUAGGCAAGGGACCACAGGUUGUUUGAGGUGGCAGACCACCACCACCACCACCAACACUGCCGCUGCCCUGCAGCGCUAUACUCAUUUCCUGUGUGCUGCACAGUAUUUCUGGCUUGAGUUGCAGGAAAGACUGAAACAUUGGUGCUGGUCUGGUCACUGUUUUUGUUGUCACCAUCACAGAAUGCAAUUUUUCCAGUUUCCCAGCGCAAAACUGCAAUUUUCAAUCAUACUGUUGGCAUGACUUAAUACUUUAUGCAACAGGAGUGCAAGAUGAUAGAGAUAGAGUGAGCACAGCACGGGAGACAUUCGCUAUAUCACAGUUCAUUAUGAGACUCUACAAUGCAGCCUAAUCUUCAAGUUUUGAACACUAGUGACAUGACGACUGGCACAGUUGUCUAGGAGCAGGCCCACCCCCGCCUCUGUCCUGAGCUUGGUGAUCUCACAGCAACAGUAACCAUGAUGACACUUAUUUGUUUGGCACUUGUUACGUUCCUAUGAAAAAUAAACAUGGUAUUGAGUUGAGCAUUAUUUGGAGCUUCUUUUGAGUAGGAAAGUGGUCUGGGGUGGCGGCGACACACAGCAGGGGCACGCUGACAAGUGAAGACAACCACGUCCAUCCGCAAUUAUUUGUAACGUGUUCAAGGAAGACCUUGAUAUCACAGCAAGGCUUCAAACACAGUGGGCAACAGAAGAGCCAUGCUGAGUGCUGGGCAGCAGCACGGCAGCACCAGUGAGGGGAGGCAUGCCAGGCAGUGGCACUGCACCACUGCUGGAGUCAAGCUGGGGCAGGGAUGGGUGCCAGGGCCAGACUUGGGUGUCAGUAGUAGGGAGCCAUGGUGGAGGUGGCUGAGGGGGCCUGGGAGUGGUUCAGGGGAGAGCUGUAGUGUGUCGUCCUGCAUGGGAUAUUCAACAUUUCAAUACCACACUUCUGUAGCAGUAAGGUUUGCACCGACUGAUGUAACCUAGGGACGUUAUGAGUGUGGCACCGAGCAGUGUGUCUUGUGCUGACUCCCAAUGGAUGCCAGCUGAAUCAGCCACCUUGGAACACCCCCCACCCACACAGUCAUGGUGGUGGUGGUGGUGGUGUCCUGGUCCUUGUGUCUUGUCGCCUUGAGGGUGCAGAGGACUGGUGAGCAGCCAAGACACCUGCAAGAGUGCCAUGGCUUUAGUGCAGCAGCUGCCACACUCGGUGACAAAUUCAAAUAUUAUUUGCAUAAUUCUUGCCUCUGCUCAAAGUACAGAUUGAUUAAGGCCAAAUUUUGUAUGAAGCAGCAUAAUAUUUGAAAUGGGCAGGAAUGUUUGCCUUGGAGAGUAUGGCAGUCAGUAACGUUGUUUGUUGUGCAGCAGAGCCUGUAUUUGAUUCUGCUUCAAUAAUCUCCACAGAAUAUUUAUCUUUGGAAAGUUAACCUUUGAGGUAGUCACCUCCAUCAUCUACUAGGACUAGUGUCUACUAUUAUUCACUAACUGGUGACAUACAGUAACAAGCAUGUAUGUAAAACUAGCAUUACUCAGGAAUCUUAGUAUUGUACUAGUAGAAAUUCAAAAUGACAACAACAAAGGAGCAAGGUUUACAAUUGUAGUGAGUGAGGAACCUUCGGCACGUUGUGCCAGAAACGUUUUGCUCACACACUUCGUCCCUGAGCCAAGAAAUGGUGGACUAAAUUUUAAGUUAUUUGUUGGCUGUUGUUAAACAACAAUGCAAUGGUUGUAAGCAGCAAUGUGGUGUCAUGAGCCCUCCUGCUUCCUUGCUAAGAGGCGGCACCAAUGGUCACGUGAGGGCGGCUCACUCACUCGCUAAUUAACUGAGGAAGUCUGUCCUGCCGUGACUACCGCCUCUCAGCACACUGCCUGCCUGGGGCGUGCCCUGCCCCUCCCCAAGGGAGUGACAGGAAGCACAGGGCUCAGUGCAAUGUGAUAGGAUGAAUUGGAAGCAGAUUGAAAAGAAGUACAAAACAAAAUAUAAGCUGGAAAUGAUGGUGAUGCAGUGUUGUUGAGGUGACCAUAUAGGGUUGUGAAGCACCACGUCUCUAUCACGGCCAAGUGUUUGUGCAAAAAACAAAUGUAUGACUUUUCUAAUUGUAGUACUACAGUGUACCUCUAUCCAUUGGUGGUGUCAAGGUGAAGACUUCCUGAAGGAGCGGUACACCAGCCAGGCACAGAGUCCCGUCGAUAGCACGGCGCCGGACCUGUGGUGAUAGGGAACACUGAGGCAACACUUGGCAGUGGCAGGCUGUGUCCUGCCGGCUGGCUCGUGUCUGGUGAGUCUUCUGCCUUUUACCAAUCCAUAUUUAAUAUAUCAGAACAAUAUACUGAGCAUGUCAACACC